UUUUUUUAAAAUUAGUUGGAGCCGAAUGGGUGUGUGUGAAGCGCGGUGUUAGCCCCGAGGCUGGAGAAGGCGGAAGAGUGGGAGUGUGGGAAUAUUCAGCGACCAUCCUUUGUUUACCAUCAUGAGUGGACAUUGAAUUUGGUUGUUACAACAAACGUAGCCCUUUAAUUCCGCUUCCUAUAGGUGCACGAAGAUAAUUAAGCUCUCAUAUCGGGCUCGACUAAGAAAAUAAGGCUGAAUCUGUCUGGUGCUGUGCUUAGCUGAGCCUGAAGAGGGCGAUGUCGGACAACAGCAACAGCACAGGCAGCAGCGGCUCGUCCACCGGCAGCUGGACCCUCCUCUCCCCCGAGGAAGCUGCUGUGGAGAACGUCGGCCCGGUGGACGAUGGCACUGAGAGCCUGGGCGAUGUCCCCAGCCUGUCUGAGGAGGUGGCAGGUGCCGCUAUGGAGAUCAAGCCAAGUGAAAUUCCAGUAGAAACAGUCCUGUCUGAAGAGGGCCAUCAGGUGUGUCAAGAGACUUCUCCAGAGGCCAGCGAGGGUCCCGUUCCCUCCAGCCCAUCCCGGUCCAGCCCACUUCCACCCAGCCUCCUCAUCCCCACAGACCCUGACCUGGAGAGUCAGCCUCCAGUUAUCCAUGACAUCGUAACCAGCUCUCCCAAUGACAAUGAGCACCUGGGCGCCAUGCCCUUUGUCACCAACAUUGAUGUGGGGGCUCCUCUCGACAUUCCUGUCACUGAGCCUGAGCCAGAACUGAGCCCCGCUCCUCUACCCCCUGAGAGCCUCGCCUCUGCAGAGCCAGUGUUGGACACGCCUGCUGAUAUCGGGCCCAUUCCUGAGAGCCCUGUCCUCCCUGCCAAGCCGGAGGUCAGCAUCCCCACAGAGACCAUUGAGGCCAGCGAUCCUCCUUCUCAUGCAGAAGCUGAUAUCAGCCCUUCUGCAGAGACUUCUGUACCUUUGAGUCCUGUGUCAGAAAGUCCUGUUCAUGACAGCCAUCAGCCCGACACCCCUGGUUCAGCGGAGGCAGCGGAGGAGCCAGAUGUGGUGGAGGAUGAGACAGAGUUGCCUGAGGAAGUGUCACAGGUUGAGAGGGAAGAAGAAGAGCCAUCCGGUAGUUUUGAUUUCGGCAGCACAAGCAGUGAUGACGAUGGACUGAGGAGGAGGCAUGUGCCGUCCUUCGAGGCACCACGACCAAGAACAUCAGAUGAGGAAGAUGAGGAAGAGGAAGUGGAGUUCAAGCUGGCAGAGAAGAAGGAGGAAAAACGUGGGUUCUCUUUGAACAAGUGUAUUGUAGCUGCUCUCGUCCUUCUCUGCCUAGGUUCCCUUUUCCUCUCAGAUGACUUCAACUCUUCUGAACUGAGUGAUGGCGAGGAAAACCAGGACUGGCUUAGUAAUGAUCCACAGGAUAUGAAAGAGCUGUUGGAUAAACUGGCACAGGAAAACCAUCAUAUCUCUCAACUAGAAGCACAACUGAAGUCACAGAAAGAGGAACUAGACGCAGCACUGAAGGCAGCAGCAGUGAAGGGUGAUAAUAAAGGUAAAGAAACCCUGGAAAAAGAAAAUGCGAGGAUGAAAGAGGAAUUAUCAUCUCUACCUGGCCUGAGGGAAGAGCUAGAGACUCUUAGGUCCAGGGUGACCGAACUCUCCCAGCUCACAGUUAAUCAGGAUCUGCCCACAUCUACUGACAACGCAGUCCCUCGCCCUCACAGCAAACAUGCAGAGAGCGCUCAGAAAGCGGCUGGACCCGAGAGGAGGAAGGAGAGCGGUGAGGGAGGCAGGCUGAAGGAUGAACUCCAGAGACAGAAGGCUCUUUUGGAGGAGAGCAGGAAGAGACUGGAAGGGAUGAAGAGAGACGGAGGCAACAGGAAAGGUGUAAGGGACAGUCUGGAGGACAUCCAGAAGAGGCUCUCUGAGCAGGUUGAGAGGCUGGGGAAGAAAAAGCCAUGGGAGUCCAAGUGGAGCGGGAACAAAGAUAACAGACGGGACCACUGGAAGAAAGAGGAGAAGAAGGACUGGAGAGGCGAGAAAGAGUGGAAGCACGGCAAAGAAGGAGGAUGGAAGGACAAAGAGGAAAGAGAGAGGAGAGAGAAGGACUGGAGGUCGCACAAGCAAAACUCCCACAAAGAAGCGUGGAGGAAACAUCAGGAUGAGUGGGAGAGGAAGAAGGACGAGCGUAGAAUGGACAGAGAAGAGAGGAGGAGGGACAAGCCAUGGCAUAAGCAUCCUGCCAAGAAUCCUCAUACCCACAACCACCACCACCAUCAACACCAGCAUCACCAUCACCAGCCCCGCCAGUUUGACCACAGCGACUUCUGGAGACAUCAGAUGGAGAAGCUUAGACGCAAUUUCCGCCCCCAGAUGGGCUGCCACACUGUGGAGGACUGUGCCAGCAAGGAGGGGCUCUACCCAGUGGAACUGUCCGAAUUUGAGGAACUGCUGGAGGGCUACCUGAGCAAGCUCGAAGGAUCCCCGUCCGAGAGCAAGGACGCGAUCAGGAAGCAGACGGCAGAGUUCUUCGAAGACGGCGUGUUCAUCCAUGACAGGGUUCUUUUCAGCGACUUUGCCGAGGACGUGGCGGACAUUUUAGAGGACAUGGCGGACCUUCUGGAGGACGAGGGGCAGCAUGGCGACGACGACGACGCCCUGGAGGAGGCGAUGGAAGAGUUUGAACGGGAAGCCCUGUGGAAGUUUUCCGCCACCGCCUAAACAGAGACAAAGACGGGGAAGAGACGUGAUAAAAGAUACAGCACACGUGGUGGUUUCAUAGGACAUUUCUUGCCUACCUUCUCCUCUGAAGAGCUGUAAUUGUAGUAGAAAACACUUCUGGUACAGAGUGGUUGUGCCUCUCGUAAACAUGUCCCUCCAAGUCUUUAAUUAUAAGCUAGAGUUGUACUUGUCUUUUGGGACUUAGUUGUUGUUACCUACCUCUGUCAGGUCAUGUCUCCUAAUGCAAAGUCCUGCAGUAAAAUGUUGUGUGGGUUUGCCUCUGCAAUAUAGUAUAGUACUUUCUCAACACCUAUUGCAUGUUGCAGUUCAUAGUGUAAAUUCAAACUCAGAUAAUGUUUGGAUCACAAAGAGAAAAAAAAAACAGGGAUUUAACAAAAUAGAGUAAACAGGACCCAACUCAAGUAGUAUUUGCAAAUAAUUAUGUUUUAACCCUCUUGAAAUACCAGUGCAGUGAGGCUUACUGCAUCAGGACUAUUCAUGUGGUAGUAAGUAUGUUGUCGGUGACAUAAAUGUACGUUAAAGCGACUUUUCCAUACUCUUCACAUUUGUUUGAACUUUCUGGUACACAUUCUUGCAAAACUACUUUCUGCUACUUCGAGCAGGUUACAACAAAUACUAAGAGUUAUUUGCAGAUACUAUUUGCCCCAGGUCUGGUAGGACUCUUCUAAUCCCAGAGGAUCUGAUCCCAGAUCUAUCAGUGAUAAGAAUCAGAUCAGGUCUAACCAGUUCUGUGUCAGCAGAUCUUUAUUAGAUUAGGGUAAACACUAAGAGCUGUUUGAGAGCCCUUAGCGUUUGACGUUUAUAUUUCACUGGUGUUUUCAACUUUCUGACAGUUGACAGAAAGGUGCAGAACAGCCAGGAACUAGUUUGACAUGUUCACAUCAGUGCUGCUCCCAAAAAGCAAUAGGACAAACUGAUAGCCAUAGUUGAAUUGAUAACUGCUAAAUCACUUUGGCACUUUGUCUAACACAGAUACAUUUACCUAGCAGAAUUAUGUCUCACUUCUCACUAAAAGUAUGUUUUUCUUGGCCACUACUGCUUGCCAGUAUUGUUUUGUAUGUAGCCAUGGGGACCUCCAAUGCAUGAUCUACAUCACUGGGUAUCCCAGAACAUUCAGAGCACUAAAUAGAGUUAAGUGAGGUACAGUAAUUACUCUCUUGAACCAAACAGUGCUUCAUUUAAUGGAUUUUGUUCAUACACCUAAAUGGGGUUCAUUUCAGAACCAUUAUUUUUUUUUUUUGCCCUCUCACUGUGUAGGCAGGUUGAUUCCAUAAGCUGCUGAGGGUCAAAACGCUCUGGGUGACCCGGCCCAGCUCACUGUCAUAUAAACUGACAUCCGCACAGAUUAGUCACUAGUAAAUUGUGUUCUAGAGAGAGGAAUAAUUAAUCCCAGGAGGAAAAUUGAAGAAGCUGCUACUUCUGGGGGGUUGUUUGUUUCCUCAAGUUUUCAAGUUGAAUGAGCCAGGCUGAAGGUACAAGAAAAAAAAAAAAGAGUCAGUAAUUUAUGGCUGUAUUGCUUUCCAGUGGUUGGUACUCCAUUAUUAUUUACUGUAUAUCAGAGUUCUUGGCUUUUAGUCGUUGUGAUCAUAUUUCAACAUUAAGCUCCUCCACCUCCCUUUAGAUGGAUUUGAAGUUGAGUGUGACAGAUUUUUAUGGUUGGUACGUGUUUCAGUGAUUGAAAAAAGUCUGCUUUGAUGCAUUUCAAGUUUCUUUUUCAUCUGUUCAGUGCACUGCAACUUUGCUUUUUACCAAAAAAAAAAAAAAAAAAAAAAUCACAAGCUGCACCUGUCCCAGACCCCAUAUACAUUGAAUGUGAAAAUGUUGAUGAAGGUGUUAGUUAUUUUGGUUUUUAAAAAAAAUGUUUUGCCAGCUACUGCAUAUGUGCCUUUGCUAUCAAAAUUCUGUUAGAUUGGAUAAAAGGUGUUUGAAAUGUUGAAUUAAUUUGCUUUUGCAAGCUUAACACACACUAGUUUGUUUGCAAGCUUACUGCUACUUUUAGGGCAGAGAGUGAAUGUAAGAGGCUUUACACACAAGUGUCCAACUGAUUUUAGUUAAACUUUGUCUUCUCUGCUGUAUGUGAAGAGGAAAAACUGGGUUUGUGUUUGUUUUUGUUACAAAUAUUUAGGCCAAAGGAAUUGCAAAUAAGUUUAAUCUAAACAAAUGAAUCCUGUCAAGAAACACAUUUAUGAGAGUUUAAUCAGUAUUUUUGAAGUAUUUUUUCUUCUUGGGUCAACAGAAGGACUUUGUGCUUACGGAUAAUUUAGGAAACGUGUCAGAUGUGCAUGUGUCUGAUUCUUGGACAAAUGUAUUGAUGCAUUUCGAGUAUUUCUUAUUUUUUCCUGUCAUGAGUCAUGUUUUCUCUUAGCAAGUCAGUGUUAAGUUCAAUAAAGUUUUCACCACUGAA